AAACCUAAACUGACCAGUUCUACUAAAAAAAAAAACGAAAAGAAAAGGAAAGAGAGACCAAAGCCAAGGUCAGUUAUGCAAUAAAAAUCCUUAAAAAAAGCAAAAGAAACAAAAAGCCAUUAGCUUAUAGCGAAGCAAAACCUACUUCUAUCUCCUUGGCUUCUGUUUCUCUCCACAGCAAGACCCAUUCUCUCAAAUCUCACAAUAAAAUCCAAAGCUGAAAUCUUUGUUUCACUGAAAGAAACUAUGGGCGGUAAUGGGAAACACAGAUGGAAAAUCUCCUUCUAUCAUCGUUCAAACUCCAAUUCAAAACAAACAACCAAUUCUCCUCCUAAAGAAUUCCUCUGCCCCAUUUCUGGAUCUUUAAUGUCCGACCCAGUUGUUGUCUCCUCCGGUCAAACCUUGGAGCGUGUUUCUGUCCAAGUCUGCCGCGAUUUAUGUUUCGUUCCCAUACUCGAAGAUGAUUCUGUUCUGGAUUUCAGUACGGUAAUACCCAAUUUAGCCAUCAAAACAACGAUUCACAAAUGGUGCGACACAUCCGGUGCAGAACGCCCUCGCGCGCCGGACUACACUUGUGUCCAAAAAAUCAUCCUCAAGAUGAUAGAAUCAAGAAAGUCCAGUUCCACUCCUGAUAUUAGGGUUUCAGAGAGGGAGCUCCUAAAGGGUGUGGCAGAGAAUCCUCCGGUUUUAUUCUCUCAUGCGGCUACUGAGUUGAAUCACCGAGCUAACCACUUUUACACUUCCUCCUCUGACGAGUCUGUUAUAGUUAGCCACGCGCCUGCUAGUCCAUUGACUCCGCCGUUACCAUUAGCCACUCGACCCGCGUGUUAUACAUGUUCGUCUUCUAAUUCGUCGUCAGAAAUUACGGAACCAGCUGAAACCCUAACACUAGAACAUUCUAAUUGUUCGAUUCCUGAAGAGGAAGAGAUUGUUGUUAAGCUCAGUAGCCUCGAGGUUCACCAGCAAGAAGAAGGCGUGAUUCAGCUUAGAAAAAUAACUAGAGCUAAAGAGGAAUUGAGAGUUGCUCUUGCUACUUCUCGGUUACUUUCAGCCCUUCGUUCUUUGAUUGCUUCCAGAUACAGUGUUGUUCAGACCAACUCGAUUGCCUCCCUGGUGAAUCUCUCUCUGGAGAAAUCGAACAAAGUUAAAAUCGUACGGUCAGGGUUUGUUCCUUUGUUGAUUGAUGUGUUAAAGGCAGGAUCUAGUGAGCCUCAGGAACACGCGGCCGGUGCGUUAUUUAGUUUAGCUUUACAAGAUGAGAACAAGAUGGCAAUUGGGGUUUUAGGUGCUUUGCAGCCGUUGAUGCACGCGUUAAGGUCUGAGAGCGAGCGAACUCGCCAUGACUCGGCUUUGGCUUUGUAUCAUUUGACUUUGAUACAGAGUAAUCGGGUUAAGCUGGUGAAACUCGGGGCGGUGGCUACGCUAUUGAGUAUGUUAAAAUCAGGAGAACUGGCGAGCCGGCUGUUGCUAAUAUUGUGCAAUUUGGCUGCUUGCAAUGAAGGGAGAUCAGCAAUGCUGGAUGGGAAUGCGGUGGGGAUAUUGGUUGGGAUGUUGAGGGAGAGUAGUGACUCGGAGGCGACUCGGGAGAAUUGUGUGGCGGCAUUAUUUGCAUUGAGUCAUGGGAGCUUGAGAUUUAAAGGGUUGGCUAAAGAGGCGAGGGCUGUGGAGGUGUUGAGGGCGAUUGAGGAGCGAGGGAGCGAUAGAGCCAGAGAGAAAGCCAAGAAGAUAUUGCAGUUUAUGAGAGGAAGGAAUGAGGAAGAGGAAGAUGAUUGGGAAGGUGUGUUGGAAUCCGGCCGGAACCGGUAUCGAGUUGGUGGUGGUGCAAGAAAUGGGUACUCUCCGAACUCCUCCAACUUUUGAAUGUAAAGUCUGUAAUUAUUCAUUUUGUCAUUUGGUUAUGGGGUUUUGUUUUUAAAGUUUUAUUGAAAGGUGUAAAGAUAGGAAAUGUUUUUUGUGCUAAUUGUUUUUAAGUUAAUUGAUUGUAAUUUAGUUCUUUCUAAGGUUUUGGAAUGUGGAGUAGUUGUACAUAAAAAAAUAGAAUUUUAGGAGAGUGAUUAAAAGAUUAGCAAAAAGAAAAGAACAAUUUGGAUAUAGUUGUCGGAGUAAUGUGCAGAAGCAUUGUUAUUAGUUGGAGAUAGAUAUUCUUCCUGGUUUGGUUUGUCCCCAAGUGCCAACUGCAAAGAGUAUAUAGGAACGUUGUUUGUUGGCCUUUGUUAGUUUUCGCCUUAUGGUGUAAUGCCUUUUUGUUUUGAUGCUAUGGAUUUGUGCCCCACUCCUCCGCAUCACCGAUUUUGUUAUUUCUUCAAUGCUGCAGCUCGGUCAUUUUGGAACCUUUUGAGCGAAUUCUGCCUUUUCUGAUAA